AUGGACGCCAAUGAGAACCUCCAGCAGAGGAAGGCGGGGUUCCGUCUGUUCGAGGGGCGGGAAGGAUGCGGGGACUACCGACAGCAGGAGGCGGUGGGGUCACGGCUCCACCACUACGAUGAACGCUCGGACGGGGAGUCGGACAGCCCGGAGAAGGAGGCGGAGUUUGCUCCGUACCCACGGGCAGACAGUUGCGACCAGGACGGGGAAGAGGACAUCGACAUGAUCGUAGCUGAGGUCAGAGAGAGUCUCAGCUCUCAGAGUCUGGAGAGAGUUGCCGCCGGGCUUCGGGAGGGAGGAGAGGAAGAAGACAUGAUGGAAGGAGGAGAGGAAGAGGAGGGAGAGUGGCCCGAAUCCGAACACGCUCACAAUUCUCAAUCCGAUGCGCCCACAGACUCCACAUACCGCAAAGGAGAGAUAGAAGGAGAGGGAGAUGAGAGUGAAGAAGAGUGCUUCCCACCCCCAGCAGAAUCUGACGACUGGUCUGGGGUUCGUAACAGUCGUGAAAAGAGAGACGCCAUCUCCCUGGCCAUAAAGGACAUCAAGGAGGCCAUAGAAGAGGUGAAGACCAGGACGGUGAGGUCACCCUAUACCCCUGAUGAACCUAAAGAGCCCAUCUGGGUGAUGAGACAGGACCUGAGCCCCACCGCUGAGUGUUGUGACCUGCAGCCCUCACUAGGUGGCGACUCUCCAGGCUCAGACUCUCAAGCCUCUCCUCAGGGGGCGGAGUCUUCCGUCAGGACGUCCAUGCUCGAGGGGAGUGACAGCUUCGAGUCUCCACCCCCCUCCACUAAAGAGUCCAGGAGAAGCCUCGCCUCCUUCCCUACCUAUGUAGAAGUCCCAGGUCCGUGUGACCCAGAGGACCUGAUCGAUGGGAUCAUCUUUGCUGCUAACUACCUGGGCUCUACCCAGCUGCUGUCUGACAAGACACCCUCCAAGAACGUCCGUAUGAUGCAGGCCCAGGAGGCUGUCAGCCACAUCAAGGCGGCCCAGAAAUUAGCCAAAAACAAGAUGAAGACUCCAGAGGGUGAGGCCCAGCCCAUGACAGAGGUGGAUCUCUUCAUCUCCACCCAGAGAAUCAAAGUCCUCAACGCUGACUCUCAGGAGACCAUGAUGGAUCACACCCUGAGGACCAUCUCCUACAUCGCUGACAUCGGCAACAUCGUGGUUCUGAUGGCGAGACGCCGUAUGCCCCGCCCAGACUCAACGGACAGUGUGGAGGUGUCUGAACCUGACCAGGAGGAGAAACAAAGCCAGUACAAGAUGAUUUGCCACGUUUUUGAGUCGGAGGAUGCCCAGCUGAUAGCCCAGUCUAUAGGCCAGGCCUUUAGUGUGGCGUACCAGGAGUUCUUGAGGGCUAACGGCAUCAACCCAGAGGACCUGAGUCAGAGAGAAUACAGUGAUCUGCUCAACACUCAGGACAUGUACAAUGAUGACCUCAUACACUUCUCCAAGUCUGAGAACUGCAAAGAUGUUUACAUUGAGAAGCAGAAGGGUGACAUUCUGGGCGUGGUGAUUGUGGAGAGUGGGUGGGGCUCCAUCCUGCCCACAGUCAUCAUCGCCAACAUGAUGCAUGCUGGUCCAUCUGAGAAGUCUGGUCGUCUGAACAUCGGAGACCAGAUCAUGUCUAUCAACGGGACCAGUCUGGUAGGACUACCCCUGUCUACAUGCCAGACUAUCAUUAAGGGUCUGAAGAACCAGUCUCGUAUCAAGCUGAACAUCGUAAGGUGUCCUCCCGUAACCACGGUGCUCAUCAGACGACCUGACCUCAGAUACCAGCUGGGCUUCAGCGUACAGAAUGGCAUUAUCUGCAGCCUUAUGCGAGGGGGCAUCGCUGAGAGGGGAGGGGUCAGGGUUGGCCACCGCAUCAUCGAGAUCAACAGCCAGAGCGUAGUGGCCACGCCCCACGAGAAGAUUGUCCACAUCCUGUCCAACGCCGUGGGAGAGAUCCACAUGAAGACGAUGCCAGCUGCCAUGUACCGCUUGCUAACUGCCCAGGAGCAACCUGUUUACAUCUAGAACUGACCUCACCCUCUGACUCUUCACCUUUGACCUCUUCUCCUGACCCCUGACCCCAAGCAUCACUGCACCCUCUGUGUGUGAGCAAUUCCUCCCCCUCUCCCCAAACCCCAGCUCACCAUUGGAGAAUGAAGCUUCUAUAGCCUUACGAGUGGACCUGCCAUGUGCUCUAGAUUACUCUCCAAUCCGAUUGUUUUGCUGUGGAGAGUAGAGGUGGGCUGUACCAGACAGCUUGUUCAAGCCCCUCCCAUCCCGAGGGUCAUUUCCUGCCCUUGUCUCUCAUUCUCUCCCUCUGUCUUUUUCCCCUCUCUUUCUCUCAGCAUUAUCUCUCUCCAUUCUCUCGACCGGCUGCACUCAUCUGAUGUAAUGUUAGGGUUACCUCUGUGUUCUCCCACAACACAAACAAGAAGAGAGGGAGUGUGAAACCUGCUGAUUAACAAGUGUUACCACUCUGAACAACCAACCACAUAUUCUUCCUCAUAACAUUCCAUACCUUCCAGCUAACAUUAACGAGAGUCGAGACAGAGGAUAAAAGACUCUGGUAGCCCACCAGAACAGAUAAAGAAAACAAAACGUUUCCAUCUUUCCAAGUUUAGUUUUUCCCUUUAUUUUGUCUCCAGUAUGUUUUUAUGGCUGAGAUUUGGGCUGAUUUAUCCAGCAUUCCAAGCUGCUUUGUCUCUCCUCUAUGCCCAAGCAUCUGUCACCCACCCAAUGAUUUACAACCUUCAAAGGAAUCCAUGUUCCCUUACAAAAACAUACGUGCUGUCCAAGAAAACCAGUUCUACAAGUCCAGAGACUCGGCUAGGCACGGCUCCAGUCACGUGCACGGCUGAUAUUGGUCUAUUCACGUGCACGGUUUAUUUCCACCCUGGGAAGAGCAGGGGAAGAACUGCAUCAUCAAACCGCCAUAUGUCAGAAGAGUUUAACAUUAAGGAUUUUACAGGCACUCUGAGACCAGUGCUAAUGUGAUACAUUCCAUCCAGAGCCAUGUAUUUUCUGAAUAUAAUAUAUGGCUUUGUUUUCUCUGAUGGAGCAACAAGGGGUGAUGGGCUUUGUCUGGUCUGAUGGAGCAACAGGGGGUGAUGGGCUUUGUCUGGUCUGAUGGAGCAACAGGGGGGUGAUGGGCUUUGUCUGGUCUGAUGGAGCAACAGGGGGUGAUGGACUGUCUUUGUGCCUCCUGGAAAAACGGGUUGUAGCUGAAUACUGUAGUACGAUAGCAGAAACCCUGGUGAACUACAACAGAACACAUCCAUCUAAAUCAGAGGAUAGAUAGCAGAAACCCUGGUGAACUACAACAGAACACAUCCAUCUAAAUCAGAGGAUAGAUAGCAGAAACCCUGGUGAACUACAACAGAACACCAUCUAAAUCAGAGGAUAGAUAGCAGAAACCCUGGUGAACUACAACAGAACACCAUCUAAAUCAGAGGAUCGAUAGCAGAAACCCUGGUGAACUACAACAGAACACAUCCAUCUAAAUCAGAGGAUAGAUAGCAGAAACCCUGGUGAACUACAACAGAACACAUCCAUCUGAAUCAGAGGAUAGAUAGCAGAAACCCUGGUGAACUACAACAGAACACCAUCUGAAUCAGAGGAUAGAUAGCAGAAACCCUGGUGAACUACAACAGAACACAUCCAUCUAAAUCAGAGGAUCGAUAGCAGAAACCCUGGUGAACUACAACAGAACACCAUCUAAAUCAGAGGAUAGAUAGCAGAAACCCUGGUGAACUACAACAGAACACAUCCAUCUGAAUCAGAGGAUAGAUAGCAGAAACCCUGGUGAACUACAACAGAACACAUCCAUCUGAAUCAGAGGAUAGAUAGCAGAAACCCUGGUGAACUACAACAGAACACCAUCUAAAUCAGAGGAUAGAUAGCAGAAACCCUGGUGAACUACAACAGAACACAUCCAUCUAAAUCAGAGGAUAGAUGGCAGAAACCCUGGUGAACUACAACAGAACACAUCCAUCUAAAUCAGAGGAUCGAUAGCAGAAACCCUGGUGAACUACAACAGAACACAUCCAUCUAAAUCAGAGGAUCGAUAGCAGAAACCCUGGUGAACUACAACAGAACACAUCCAUCUAAAUCAGAGGAUAGAUAGCAGACACCCUGGUGAACUACAACAGAACACCAUCUGAAUCAGAGGAUAGAUAGCAGAAACCCUGGUGAACUACAACAGAACACAUCCAUCUGAAUCAGAGGAUAGAUAGCAGAAACCCUGGUGAACUACAACAGAACACAUCCAUCUAAAUCAGAGGAUCGAUAGCAGAAACCCUGGUGAACUACAACAGAACACAUCCAUCUGAAUCAGAGGAUAGAUAGCAGACACCCUGGUGAACUACAACAGAACACAUCCAUCUGAAUCAGAGGAUAGAUAGCAGAAACCCUGGUGAACUACAACAGAACACAUCCAUCUAAAUCAGAGGAUAGAUAGCAGAAACCCUGGUGAACUACAACAGAACACCAUCUAAAUCAGAGGAUAGAUAGCAGAAACCCUGGUGAACUACAACAGAACACAUCCAUCUGAAUCAGAGGAUAGAUAGCAGACACCCUGGUGAACUACAACAGAACACAUCCAUCUGAAUCAGAGGAUAGAUAGCAGAAACCCUGGUGAACUACAACAUAACACAUCCAUCUAAAUCAGAGGAUAGAUAGCAGAAACCCUGGUGAACUACAACAGAACACCAUCUAAAUCAGAGGAUAGAUAGCAGAAACCCUGGUGAACUACAACAGAACACAUCCAUCUAAAUCAGAGGAUAGAUAGCAGAAACCCUGGUGAACUACAACAGAACACCAUCUAAAUCAGAGGAUAGAUAGCAGAAACCCUGGUGAACUACAACAGAACACAUCCAUCUGAAUCAGAGGAUAGAUAGCAGAAACCCUGGUGAACUACAACAGAACACAUCCAUCUGAAUCAGAGGAUAGAUAGCAGAAACCCUGGUGAACUACAACAGAACACAUCCAUCUAAAUCAGAGGAUCGAUAGCAGAAACCCUGGUGAACUACAACAGAACACCAUCUAAAUCAGAGAAUAGAUAGCAGAAACCCUGGUGAACUACAACAGAACACAUCCAUCUAAAUCAGAGGAUAGAUAGCAGAAACCCUGGUGAACUACAACAUAACACAUCCAUCUGAAUCAGAGGAUAGAUAGCAGAAACCCUGGUGAACUACAACAGAACACAUCCAUCUGAAUCAGAGGAUAGAUAGCAGAAACCCUGGUGAACUACAACAGAACACCAUCUAAAUCAGAGGAUAGAUAGCAGAAACCCUGGUGAACUACAACAGAACACAUCCAUCUGAAUCAGAGGAUAGAUAGCAGAAACCCUGGUGAACUACAACAGAACACAUCCAUCUGAAUCAGAGGAUAGAUAGCAGAAACCCUGG